AUGAGCAGCAGCUUGGCGUCCGCCAUUUCUGCAGCAGCCACUGCUGCUUGUCCCCGCCAUGGCGCGGCGAAGCAGCAGCUGAGCACAAGGGUGAAGCCACACCUGAAGCAUGCUGCAGGCUGCUGGGAGAGCAGCGGCAGCGGCAGGGCGGUGGUGGCGAGGGCCGGGCCCGGGCCGCUGACGGAGAUCGAGCCGGACCUGCAGGAGGACCCCAUCGACAAGUGGCGCACCAACGGCGUCCUCCCGGAAGACUUUGUGUAUGGAGUGUAUGACGGCCACCACACCUAUGAUGAAGGCCAAGAAAAGAAGGGCUUCUGGGAGGAUGUCUCUGAGUGGUACCAAGAAGCUGAGCCUCCUCAGGGCUUCCAAGCACUCAUCUCCUGGGCAUUCCCUCCCGCAGUCAUCCUCGGAAUGGCUUUCGAUGUGCCGGGGGAGUACCUUUACAUUGGGGCAGCUAUCUUCAUAGUCGUGUUCUGCGUCAUCGAGAUGGACAAGCCGGACAAACCGCACAACUUUGAGCCGGAGAUCUACAUGAUGGAGAGGUCCAAGCGCGACAAGCUCAUCGCAGACUACAACUCCAUGGACAUCUGGGACUUCAACGAGAAGUACGGCGAGCUCUGGGACUUCACCGUCAACAGAGAUGACCUCAUCCAACCAUAG